AUGCCAAUAACUCAAUGUUCCUCUCCUGAAACCCUGCAAGAGUUGCCCCUAGCCAUGUGCUUGGGUCAUUGUCUUGUGCAUCCUCCUCCUACAUCUUCCUCCUACAUCCUCCUCCUACAUCCUCCUCCUACAUCUUCCUCCUACAUCUUCCUCCUACAUCCUCCUCCUACAUCUUCCUCCUACAUCCUCCUCCUUCAUCCUCCUCCUACAUCCUCCUCCUACAUCCUCCUCCUACAUCUUCCUCCUUCAUCCUCUUCCUACAUCCUCCUCCUACAUCCUCCUCCUACAUCCUCCUCCUACAUCCUCCUCCUACAUCCUCCUCCUACAUCCUCCUCCUACAUCCUCCUCCUACAUCCUCCUCCUACAUCCUCCUCCUACAUCCUCCUCCUACAUCCUCCUCCUACAUCCUCCUCCUACAUCCUCCUCCUACAUCCUCCUCCUACAUCCUCCUCCUACAUCCUCCUCCUACAUCCUCCUCCUACAUCCUCCUCCUACAUCCUCCUCCUACAUCCUCCUCCUACAUCCUCCUCCUACAUCCUCCUCCUACAUCCUCCUCCUACAUCCUCCUCCUACAUCCUCCUCCUACAUCCUCCUCCUACAUCCUCCUCCUACAUCCUCCNAACCGUAUCUACGAUACUUUCUGUAUGA